AUGAACCGCUCCGAGCCCGCUAUUGUCAACGGGACUCGUGAAGUUCAUCCUGGCUUGAUCAUGACUGGCAUGGAACUAUCCGAACAUGACGGCGCAAACCGCAUGGGCCCAACAUUUGGGGCCAUGAUGGCAAGUGGUAUCAAGGCAGCUCAUGAAGCGUUGAAAAUCUUCGAUAGUCACGAAAUCGUCGACGGCGAGGUUAUUGGUCCCAAAACAUUGAACUAA